AUGGGACAACGAAUAGCGGGGGACGGAGGAGAAAUUAUUGCUGCGAAUGCCAGGAUCUACAACUCGGAUGGUGAAGUUUUCAUAAUGGAUUGUCUGCACGUAGUACUUCCCCGAAUACAAGCGCAAUACAGUGAGGUUGUUCACGCAAGAGACGUUGUUAUACCAUGGCUGGUUUGCUCCGUUUCUUUUUAUGUGGACCAUUGGUUAGCCGAAGAGGAUAUUGUGGAUGCCACCGGAGGAAGACGAGAUGCACUUUCCAUUGCCGUUGUUGUGCAUAACUGUAGUAGAUUCGUAGAUUAA